AUGGUUCGCGCGUGGGUGUACAAUUUAAAAAAAGACGAAGUGCUGAAAUAUGGAGCUGAAUUCGAAGUGAAGUUAUCCGGAACUUUGGAUGCUAUGCGCAGACAAUUUGAAGACUGGAAAAUGAUGCUCAUCUUGUUGUUAUUAAUUCCUUUGACGACGGGCUUAACUUCUCAAAGGAUUUGCGAAUGCAUUAGAACGAAAAUAGACUCCUUUAUCUGUUCGUAUGUAGAAAAUGUGGACUUUGAGUGCUUGUCAAGGGAGAAGCCAGUGGAGCUUUCGCUUAUCGGAAAUAAUUACACAACACUGCCCGAGGAGCUGCUCAAGUACAACUUUAAAGGCACCAAAUAUAUUAAUCUUUCGCAUAACAAAGUAAACCGUCUCCCAAAUGAAAUUGGCGAAUCCUUGCCAGGCCUAGAGACAUUAAACUUGGAGCACAACAACCUGACCAAUCCGAAAGAACUACUCAAGAUACCUAUGGGAGUCAAAGCUUUGAUUAAUCACAAUCGAUUUGAAUGCGAUUGCGAUUCCGAUGCUAAAAAUCUGCGAAUACAUAUAAAGGAUUUAUCUACUAUAGCGAUGUGCUCCACUAUCGAAUCGGGGAUACAAAAGUCUGUGCCAUUCACAGCCUUCUGUGGUAAAAAAAUCGAAAUCGCUCCUAAAUGUACUAUUAACUAUCAGCAUCGCGGCAGUCUUGAAUAA